CAGUUCUGUCAAAAUCAUUGGAAAAAGUGAAGUGUUAAGAUACGGGUGUGCGACUGAUUAGUUGAAAAGUGAAAAGUGUCCCGUUUGAAAAUCGCUGAGCAGUGUUUUAGAAAAAUGCGAUAUUGACACCGGAAAGGGUUUGAAAUUUGUGACGCAGAAACAUACGCAGCUAUAGCGCACGCAGAAGAUGGAAAACGGCAAGGCCAUUUGGCUGGUGCUGACGAUUGCUUGGUUGGUGGUUCUGGUACAUUCUGGGCAAGCUUCCAGCGAUGGAAGUCUGCAGAGCGAGAAACCUGCCAAAAAAGGACUCGACCUGAACGCAACGGUUUCGCAAGUGAUUCAGGCGAUGGGAGACAGUCCCUACCAUGGCGACAGCAGCCAGGAACAUUCGAAAAAGGGUCGCAUUUUUGCACGGAAGGGUGUCGAUAUGAAUGUGACGACUGCGGCGAUAAACGCGACCUCGGCACCAAUUGUUGAUGUAACUGUGCCGAAAGCCAGCGAAGCGCAACAGCUAAGCAAUAUUACAACGUCGUCUUUGACGCCGCCACCGCCGCAGGUCAAUAGUAGCAAUAGCACCGUAGUAGGCACUGCUGGUAACGCAACAGUAAUCGCGAAAGCUAAUUCGACAAUGACUACUACACCGCCUGCAAACAAUACAACUUCCAGCGUCAUUCCUCCUGCUGCGGUGGUUCCGAGCUCUUCCACCACCAAGCCUACUAUGCCUACGACUACGCCAACAACAUCAACGUCGACGACCUCAACACCACCAACAACAACAACAACAACAACUUCAACGACAAGCACUACCACCACUACCACCACAACCACUACGACAAAACCUCCCAAGAAGCCAAAAAUCACCUACUCGGUAGACGACGAACCGAAACUGCUCCAAGCGGCCAAACCAGGGUACAAUUCUGCGGGAUCAUCCGUGAGCGACGCCAACGGACGCCUCCACGUGGAAGAACCACUGGCCGAACUGUCCAAGGAGUACAUCCCGCCGGCGUUGAUGGGACCUCCACGAGGUCACCGGGAAUACGUGGUUCCCGUGGUGACGCUCAUCUUCGCCAUUCCACUGCUGAUGGGCCUAUUUCUGUUGUCCUACCGGCGGGCGAAGGAAUUCUGGCUCACCCGGCACUACCGCCGGAUGGAUUUCCUCGUCGAUGGCAUGUACAACUACUAGAAAGUUGAAUCGUCGUCAUACAGGCAUUUUAGCAAGCAUUGUGCAAUAGUCAAUUGUUUUUUGGCUACAACAAAAUUGACAAUAAGCUUCGAUUUCCGACGGUGAACAAAACCCGUCCGCAGUAAAUCUUUUCCCAGGAUCUAGCAACCGUGGACUAUUGCACACUGCUUCGGAGCAAUCGAAGCAAGUGUGCGGAAGCAAAACUUUCCUGCCAACGAAUUUCUGUUGAUUAGAUUUAUUUUGUAAAAAAUUACACAAACUGAUAAUAAUUUUCUAAUCUCAUAAAAAAAAACCUUACAUGCCAAACGUAAAUCUUUCAAAACAACGACAUACGUCGAUUUAUACAGUAGCUAGUAAAUAGCUACCCCGGUAAAUUGUACGAAUGCUCUGAUCAUCAUCAGGAUAGUAAUAUCAUAGUAAUAAACCGAAUUGUAGAACACAAGUAAAAAAAAAAUCAAUCAUCGCACGUAGGAAACGAUUAUUCCUUGAGUUUAAGAGGGGAGAGAAGUGCCUUUUUCAAAUGUACGUAUUUAGCCAAGUGACUGCAAAAUUGCGUCAUCUGAGAUGUGAAAUAAUUUAGGAAAAUAAUCCCGGUUUUUCUCCAUCUUUCCUGUUAGGACCGAGUGAGGCAAUCAGAACUAUCAUACGGUAGAGCUUUUGUUGAUAAGUAAGUUUGGAGAAGAGCAAGCGGUGGAAAAUUAUGUUAAGUAGUAGAGAUUUGUUAUUGUUUUUUAAUCUACAUAAUACGUAGAGAGUGGUACUAAUAAAUAAAGUUUGAGUAAUAAA